GAUUGCAUGCUGGGACGUCUACUGUCGGCCCCUAGCAACACAACGAACGGUAGCGUUGAUGUUUAGCCAGCUAGUCCAUUAUGAAAUAUUGUAGACAGUAGUGCGACCAUUGUAUGACGUAUUGUUAAUUUAAAGAUAAUAGCAUCCCGGUUACUCGGGUUUCUGUAAUAGGGACAAAAUGCAGUCCGAGGAUGCACGAUAUUUAAAAAGAAAAGUAAAGGGAGGUAACCUAGAUGUUCAUCCAACUGAAAAAGCACUGGUGGUUCAGUAUGAAGUGGAAGCCACUAUUCUGGGAGAAAUGGGAGACCCUAUGCUUGGAGAACGGAAGGAGUGCCAGAAAAUCAUUCGCCUCAAAAGCUUAAACGCCAACACUGACAUCGCUUCUCUAGCUCGCAAGGUCGUAGAGGAGUGCAAACUUAUACACCCCUCGAAACUGGCCGAGGUCGAGCAGUUACUGUUCUAUCUGCAGAAUCGAAGGAAACCUAACGGUAAAGAAAAACGAGAAAAACGACAGGUAAAACCGAGAGAUCUGACCCCGUUUGAAGGAAUGGAGAUUGAUGAGGAGGCCAACAUUAACAACAUAGAUGACUAUGUUGAGCUACUGUACGAGGACAUCCCAGAGAAAGUAAGGGGCUCAACCCUGAUCCUCCAGCUCGCCCGUAACCCUGACAAUCUGGAGGAGCUCCUUCAGAACGAAACCGCUCUGGGAGCGCUGGCCCGGGUCCUCCGAGAGGAUUGGAAACAAAGCGUGGAGCUGGCCACAACCAUCAUCUACGUCUUCUUCUGUUUCUCAAGCUUCUCCCAGUUCCAUGGACUGAUCACCCACUACAAGAUUGGAGCGCUGUGCAUGAACAUAAUUGAGCAUGAACUGAAGAGAUAUGACCUAUGGCAGGAUGAACUGCAGAAAAAGAAGAAGGCCUGUGAGGAUGACCAUGAUAACCAGAACCUGAAGAAGGAAUAUGACAAAGCGUUUAAGAAGUACCAAGGACUUCUGACCAAACAAGAGCAGCUAUUACGAGUGGCCCUGUACCUGCUGCUCAACCUGUCUGAAGACACGCGCACUGAACUGAAGAUGAGGAACAAGAACAUCGUCCACAUGCUGGUGAAGACCCUGGACAGAGAGAACGCUGAGCUCCUGGUGCUGGUGGUGUCCUUCCUCAAGAAGCUCAGCAUCUUCCUGGAGAACAAGAAUGACAUGGCCGAAGAUGAUACCAUUGAGAAGCUGGCCAAGCUGGUUCCAUGUGAGCACGAGGACCUUCUGAGCAUCACACUGCGUCUGCUCCUCAACCUCUCCUUCGACACCGGCCUUCGCAACAAGAUGGUGCAAGUGGGGCUGCUGCCAAAACUCACCACGCUGCUGGGUAACGAGGCGCAGAAACAGAUAGCGAUGUGCAUUCUGUACCACAUCAGCGUGGACGAUCGAUUCAAGUCCAUGUUCGCCUAUACCGACUGCAUUCCCCAGCUGAUGAAGAUGCUGUUUGAAUGCAGCGAGGAGCGGCUAGACGCUGAGCUCAUCUCCUUCUGCAUCAACCUGGCCGCUAACAAGAGGAACGCUCAGCUCAUCUGUGAAGAUAAUGCUCUGAAGGUGCUGAUGAAGAGAGCACUCAAACUGAAGGACCCUCUCCUGAUGAAAAUGAUCAGGAACAUCUCUCAGCACGACGGUCAAUCGAAGCACUUAUUCCUAGAACACGUGGGGGACCUGGCAGCCCAGAUCAGGCAGGACGAGGAGGAGGAGUUUGUGAUCGAGUGCCUGGGCACCCUGGCCAACCUCACCAUCCCCGACCUGGACUGGGAGCUGGUUCUGAGAGAGUACAACCUGGUGCCCUAUCUGAAGGACCGCCUCAAACCUGGCUCGGCUGAGGACGACCUAAUCCUGGAAGUGGUCAUCAUGCUGGGGACCGUCUCCAUGGACGACUCCUGUGCCGCCAUGUUGGCGAAGUCGGGCAUCAUCCCGGCCCUCAUCGAGCUGCUCAACGCCCAACAGGAGGACGACGAGUUUGUCUGUCAGAUUGUCUACGUCUUCUACCAGAUGGUAUUUCACCAGGCGACCAGAGAUGUGAUCAUCAAGGAAACCCAAGCCCCGGCCUACCUCAUCGACCUGAUGCAUGACAAGAAUGCGGAAAUCCGCAAGGUCUGCGACAACACACUGGAUAUUAUUGGUGAGUACGAUGAGGAGUGGGGUAAGAAGAUCCAGAGUGAGAAGUUUCGCUGGCACAACUCCCAGUGGCUGGAGAUGGUGGAGAACCGGCAGAUGGACGAAGCUGAGCCCUACAUGUACGGAGACGACGGGGAGCCCUUCCUUCACGACGGGGACAUCCUGGAGCGGCCUGACCUCUUCUACAGCGACGGGAUAAUCCCAGCGGAUGGUGCUAUCAGCCCAGAGUUCUUCAAUGACUUCCACACUCAGAACGGAGACACGGGACAGCAGGCCUUCUCCGGGAGUACAACUGGAGAUGGGUUUGGACCAACGGCCGGAACCCCGGGACGCCCUGCCACAGCCUACGGUUACCGUCCGGAUGAGCAGUUCUUCUACGGAUAUGGGUCAUCUCGAUAAAUUGCUUGGAAUUAUCAAAAUGGCAUGUCCCCUACACUCUGUUACACUUAUUGUUAACGCGCUCUACCCUUGCAAGUCUGACCACUGGUAACAGUUAGCAUUAAAUUGUAAGGCACAGGCCACACCCCUUAUAAUAUAUUCCAUUCCAGGAUCUCAGCACAUGUUGCUGCUUAUAACCUAAUGAUAGAAUUAAAUACUCUGGGCAAGUAGCCAGAGUUCAGCUGUUCUGACUGAUGUAUACUUACUGUGACUAAGCUCUAAUGCUUCUAUUGGUGUGCUCAUAUAACUGUAGCCUAACCUUUCACAUUAAGUAUAUUAAAUGUUGGAAUUAGUUACAUAGUUUAAGAAACUAUUAGACAGUAUUGGAGCGGUUGUUUUGAUAAACAUACUGUCAUUUUCUGCAAGAACUCUGGUGAUAAAAAUUUGUCCUCUACAUCUCAUUUCAAGAAAUUCUCAGGAAACUGGAAUUUCCGUAAUAGUUAGCGUCACAAUUUUCAUUAAACCACCAUACAACCUACCAAAUUGAACGCACUACUAGAACUUUGUCUUAGUCAUAAUUUUGGGUGUUUCUUGGCCUAGUCCAAGCAGCCCAAUAGAACUGCAUGAUAUAAACUGUUGGAUUUUGGUAUGCUUGUGUGAAAUUAUUUAAAGUGCAGACACUGUAGGUCUACUGUUUGUAUACGCAUUUCUUCUUCUGCGACACGCGUUGAAUGGUGAAGCGUGGAUCACAGAGGCUAUGGCUUGGAGAUCGGGAGACUGGCACUACGAAGCCUUUUUUUUAAAUCUUAUUUGAGUUUUAUAUUUAUAGCACAAACAGACAGCAGUCUACUUUAUUUUGCUUUUGUUACUGGUUAACAAGGUUACAUUGUAUUGUUUUUAUACUAGUCUUUAUGUUUUUUGUUUAUUUCAUAUAAUUUUUUUUUUUAUAGUACUCUUAAGAGCUCAUAUUACUUUUGACUUCAAUGGUGCCUGGAGCUCAUCUGAACUACUGUAAUGAAAAAAGCCUUUGCUGCUACGAUUCAAUGUGGACUCUUGUUGUUGUGGACGUCCACUGAUCUGGACCAGGUGGAAUAAAGUGGAUAUUAAAUUGUG